CCUCCCUUAAACACAACACGAGUAUGCCCAUCUCAUAAGUCCCGAACUAACAAUAGCUGAUCCAGAAACUACAAACCUUCAUAACCAACACACAAGGAAAACCAUGGAUCCUUCCUCCUCCUAUACACAAACUCCUCAACCUGACCCUAACCAAUACCACCACCAGUCUCAACCCCAACCACAACUGCCAUAUGACCCUUCAACAAUCCAACCCCAUGAUCCCAACACUUACUACUACCCCUCCUUUGAUCCAAACCAACCCUACCAAUACUACCAAGAUUACACCACUAACUCCCAAUUCUAUCAACAACCCACUUCGAUUCACCCUCCCGGCGUCCCCAUUCCGGCGCCGAUUUCCGAGACUGCCCAUUUGCAGAAUGCGUAUUAUGGACAUGGUGCUGUGGAGAAUAAUCAGCUCCAGCCUGCCGAUUCGGGUUCUGGGUCGGGUCAGGCUGCGGGUUCGGAGGUAACCCAGCUUCCCGUUCAGGUGGAGGUGGCGCAAGUUAAGACUGGGCAAACUCUAUAUAGAGGUGGAGGAAGGAGGGGCAAUAGGCCCUUCCGAGGGGGUGGUCGGGGUCAUUUGGGUUACCAUGGUCAUGGACCAGAUGGCUCGGCACCACCCUUCCAUGGUAGGGGACGUGGCCAGGGUGGUGGUAGGCACUUUCAACUGUAUGGUACUGCAUUGAGCAAUCCAAAUUCAGCAUCUGUACCAGCUGAAGGUGUAGCUUCUUUUAAGCAGCAGCCUUCAGCAUUGGUCUCUUUGCAGGCACCAUUACCUGUACCGACACAAGUGUCUUCUGCUUCAUUCUGGCGACCUCCCCGUAUGGCUUGGUGUGAACUUUGUAGGGUUGACUGCAACACUCUUGAAACCCUUGAGCAGCAUAAAAAUGGAAAGCGGCAUAAAAAAAUUCUGCAGGUUCAUGAGGAGUUGCAGAAAGCCAACAAAGUCAAUACUGAAAAGCAGAUUGUGCAAAUCCCCAACACUGAAUUAAAAUCAGUAGUUGGUCAGACUGAGAAAGUUGAGGGAUCUGAGGAAAAGCAACCCUCAGAAGGAAACUUAACCUCUGAAGUAGUUACUGAUGAUAAUAGAAAUGAAACAGAUCGGAGAAAAAUGGUGGGAAACUCUGAAGCUUCUGAAGAACCUGAGAACAAGUCAAAUGAUCAGUUUGCAGCUCGGGGACGUGGAUCCAAGCGUAGAAUGCGAGGGGGUCGAGGGGGUAAGUAUUUGAGGACACAUGAAGGAUCAAGAAGAGUAGUUGAGCCUCCUAAACCCAAAGUGAAUCUUCUCAUAUGUGAACUGUGCAGUGUGAAGUGCGAGUCACAGGUGGUUUUUGAUAGUCAUGUGAGUGGUAAAAAGCACCUAGCGGCCCUCAAGAGGUUUCAAGUCCACCGUGCUAUGUAUGGAGAACAGGGACUCCAAGCACUUUACCCACCUAACUUAACUGCUGCUUCAACUUCAGUUGCCCCUCCUGUAGAGCAAGUCCCCCUUCCUCAUAUACAGCAAGUACCCUCUCCUCAUGUACAGCAAGUGCCCCCUCAUGUCCAGCAAGUCAACCCUCCUCAUGUACAGCAAGGUAUCAUUGAUCCUCAUGCCUUCUUGGCCCAAGUCCAGCAAGGUGGCAAUGAUCCUGAGGUCCUGUUGGGGAAACUAUUGGUAUCGUAUAUGCUCUCUAAAACCCAGGCACAAGGAGGGUCUACAUCGUCCGUGGCAACAGCUCCAGGAACUAACAUUGAAACUCAAAAUCAACUGCAAUCGCAUAUUCAAGGAUUACUAGCGAUAUGUCAAAAUGGGAUCCAAAGUGCUAUAGUAGGCGCCCAAAAUCAGCAGCAAUCUGGCUUUGUGAAUUCUGGAGCCCCAGCAGCUGGAAACACAGACACAAACACUAGGAAUCAAACUUUGCAGAUUCACGCAAAGGAGGCAAGUUGUCGUAUAAAUGAUUCAGUUGUGGUGUCAGCAGAGAGCGCAGGCCCAAGCAAGCAAGUUUCUGAAGAAGCAUCAAAUAAAGAAUGCAAUGUUGUCGCUUCAGCUCCAGUUCAGCAGCAGCCUGUAAACCAAAUGCAAGAGCCAGAGUCUAAGAAAGAAUAGCCAACUUAAUAGAUCCAGUUCCAUAUCUUUUUCUUGUAGGUAUCUGAGCUAGAGUGGUUGUAAGCUAGGCCUUUCAAUGACCUGAGAUGCAUUUGUUUCAGCCAUAGUAGAGUUUUAUAUUGGCUGCAAUAAUUAGCUUUUGUAAAUUGGAUACGUUCUGCGUUCUUACAGGCUUGUAAGAAGUCCUGUGGCAACUAUUUUGAUGUAGCGCAUUGUUAUGGAACAACUUGCAUAUUAUCGAGACUCGCGA